CUCUCCAACAGUUGUUGAUCAAGACAGACCCUGCUGUCUGAAGGAUGUUUAAUGAUACCAAAGGGCUAAAAUGAUUAUAAAUGGCACAAACUUUGUCAAUUCACCAAUUCCUAUCCUACUGUCAUUGUACCAAAUUUGUGUUGUUUUUCCCCAAAUAAUCAGUAAAUUCUGCCAGUAAUUUGAUGUAGAAGCAUGGCUUCUCCCUUGCCACCAGCUGAUGCUGUGAGGAUAAAAGUUAUACGGCACUGUAAUUUAGAUGGGAUAUCUCAGUGCUGCAAGUUCUCUGUGGACCCCCAGCUUACCACUCUCUCUGUGCUGCAGAACUUGGUUGUCAGAGCAUUCAAAUUAUCUUCUAGAGAGUUUGAAAUUAGCUACCUGUCUCGAGAUGAGCGUCUACCGGAGGCUUUAUGGCUUCCUCUUGUCUCUGACUUUGACCUGGAGUUGGCUUUUUCAAGGCCCUGUGAACCUCACCUGCUAGUGAAGGUGGAGGCAGGCCGCAGUGGCAGCUUUAGCAGCACUGGCAGCUGGGAGGGUCUGGAUAUUGUGCCUCGACUGCCACACCUUACUGCUGCUGCUGCCAACAACUAUUCCACUAAAUUGCCUGGCAUAUUCAGAGAGAAGAUGGAAAAGACACUGGGGCUCAUGCAGAGGGCCCUGAAUUGGCCCGACGACCUGCUCCCGCCUGCAGGGGAUGCGCGGCAGCCCCUUGAGAGCACUCAGAAGGACGUUGCUGUCAUGGCGCCCAUGGACGACGUCAAGUUCCAGUCUUUCCUCGACAACGUCGGCGUCCUCAUUAAAGUCAACGAACUCAGGAAGACCAUCUACAUGGCAGGCUUGGAGCCUUCACUUAGGAAGGUGGUGUGGAAGCACCUGCUGGACGUGUACCCCGCUGGUCUGCCGGGCAAGGAGCGCCUGGAGUACAUGAAGACCAAGACCGCUGAGUACCACAGCCUCAGGCAGCGUUGGCAGCACCACGUCAAGCACUCCGAGCAGAAAGCUACCAACGGAAAAAGGUACUCUCUGAACCACCCUGGGGUGGGGUACUGCCAGGGCAUGAGUGACCUGGCGUCACCGCUGCUGUUCACGCAGCGCGACGAGGCGCACGCGUACGUCUGCUUCUGCGCCCUCAUGGCGAGACUCAGCGCAAACUUCCACGUGGACGGCGCCGCUAUGAGCCUCAAGUUCCAGCACCUCACUGAGGCGCUCGUCUUCUAUGACCCUGACUUCUAUCUCUACCUUCAGGAACACCAGGCGGACGACCUGCUGUUCUGCUAUCGCUGGCUGCUGCUGGAGCUGAAGCGCGAGUUUGCGUUCGACGACGCGCAGCUCAUGCUGGAGGUGCUGUGGUCCUCCCUACCGCCCAGGCCCCCCUCACACACCCUGCCUCUUGCUGAGGUUCCGUUCGAUCCCGAGGCUCUGGUGCGCGCCGCCAAGAACGCGGCCGCUCUCGCCACCAGUUCUCCGUUGCCAGCCCUCGCGUCUGCGCGUCUGCUGUCACAACUGCGCAAUGGAAAGCGCGUCAGCAACUACAGCGCCGUCUGCGCCUUACGUCGUCAGCGCAGCUCAGAGGCAGCUCUGCUGACACGUCGUAGCUCGUCUCGCAGCGUGCAGCUGACACGCGCUGCAUCUCAGCCACUCAAGCCUUUCAUGAACGGUGCUGCUGACGCCAGCGAUGGCGUGUCCACCGAGGCAGGCGUCAAGCUCACCACCGCGGGUGUCAGUGACGACGUCUUCACCAGUGUGAAGAGCAGCGCUGCUGGUGAUGUGAAGAGCGGCUCUGCAGGUGAUGCCCUCGGGUAUAUCGAAGCUAACGUAACGCCCACCAGAAAAAUAAAAAAUCUCAAAGAAUUCAUGGAACUUGGACGCAGUUCCAAAAAAUCGUCUCGCAGCGAACAAGACUCGCCCAGCAGAAGCUCUGGUAUCAGUGAAAACGCUUCUCCCUUGAAAACAAAUCAUGAUGCUCAACUUAGCUACCCAAGUCCCAGCAAACCUACCUCUAAUGAACUCAUUCCUCACCACCUGGAAUAUACUGUUGGGACUACAAAUGACCCUAUUGUUUCAAAGCUCACUUCUUGUGAUAAUUCCAUCGCCAGUCCAAACGUAGAUUCUUCCUCUUCGCCAGCUCACUCUAAUAGUACUAAAAUGAAAAUACAAAACGAUGGGGCAAGUAAACCUAACGUCAAGUCUAACAAAACCUUUUCGACUUUCCAAACUCCAGAAGUGCCUGAUGCAACAUCAAAAAUUGAAGGUAUCAGAGCGCCGGCGUCUUGUUUAUCCACGGGUUCAAAUGGUUCGGAUUGCGCGCAUCGUGUGCCUAGCGACGGUUCAUCAUUACAGGACGCUGUUGGUGAUUACUGUUCUCUCGGUGGCUCUUCAUCGAGCAGCGUCUUGUGCGCUGUCGAGUGCUCCCGUCGUUGUUUCUCUGAGAGCGACGCUGCCUUCGCAAAUUUUCUAGAUUCGGACGCGGUCGCGGCUGAGGAGGAGCUUUGUGUCGAGGUCUGGGAAAAUCCUGUGGCGUCAAGUCCCGUCAACGCACCCACCGUGUCACUGAGGCCUGCACGAUCUGUCAUCCCGAACAGCCACACUGACGGCGACGUCGCCAAACUCCUUAAGGAAGACACGGGUGCAGGAGCUCGUCUGGUUCCUGCUAAACCUUCUCCUAGUCACACGUCACCCGUCAGUGGGAAGUCCUCGGUCAUGAACGAUCUCAGUGGUGGUUGGGCAGUCGGGGUUGGGGGUGUGGGCCUCAAUGGGGGUUCCUUGCCCCCUCCUCAUGAGUUCGGUGGAGGUAACCCAUUCCUGAUGAUCGUGUGCGUUUCGAUCCUCCUACAGCACCGCGACACCAUCAUCUCGCAGCAGUUGGACCACAACGAUCUGGCGAUGCACUUCGACAAGCUCAUGCGUAAACACGACGUUCAUCACGUGCUCAGAGAUGCUCGUCUGCGCUACAAGCAUUACUGCAGCCUUAGCUUUCAGAAAACAGACGCUGUCAACAAGCACGAGCAAUGCUAGCAUCCGCACAUCAUGGAUAAAGUAGACGUGCUUUACAAUUGUUCUCGUCGCGCGUGUGCCUGAUCUUCUCUGUGUUAGUGAUGUCUGGAAACUUUUUCCUGUGUCUACUUGCAGAAUAUAAAUAUGUAUUCAAUGGAAGGUAAUCAAGAUCUAAACAAGGUGAGAGCAUAAAAUGUUCGAGCCGAUUCAUAGUCUGUAAAUUAAAUAUUAUUAGCAAUUGCAAUCAACACUAACAGCGCUUCAGAUCGGGAACUGGUUCUAGAACACUACAGUUAUAAUCGUUGCCGAACGGCUAAAGGUACUAUUUAUUCUUUUGCAGGCGGUUAUGUUAACCUAGUUAUUUAUCUGUGUGACGAUGUUGUUAAGAAAUAAUUUCAUGCUCCUAUAUAACAUGGUACUGUGAACGCGUGGAAAUCCUAAUAUGUAAGUGUUUUUCCAACUGCCUUCUUCAAUGUCAAUUUAGGAGUAAAAUUGGAGGAGAAUUUUGCAAGGAAUGAAAAUGCUCACGCUAGUCACUGGUCAAGCGUGAGUUCUGCGAUGUUAAUGGAACUUUUUAGGAGACCAAUUGACUUAGAUUGUUCAAGUUUGGUGUGUCUGGAAUAACUUUAUUGAGCUUUGGAUACAAUUUUAUUUUAACGGAAAUAAUUGACCAUUUUUUAAAUACUAAUAUCAAUUCAACUAUGUGCUCAUUUAUCCAAAAUAUAAAUUUUUGCUCUGAUGCGCAGCUAUUCUUGCCUUUAGAUGAAACAGGUAAUUGAAAUUUCGCCUCUUGUAAGACCUCAUUUUCCAUGUCUCCUGACACGAGACAUGGUCAUCAGUUACUGACUAAUCCUGUUGACAUUGGACCUAUAAUAUUUAAUGUAUGUGUACUUUUUUCUUAUUUGUGUGAUGAGUUUUGAUAUUGUCAAAUGCCGAAGACGCGACAAAACGUUAUUAUUUUAUGGCAUUGGUUCGACGUUGUGUUUACUGAGCAUAACUCUGAGGAGGGUUGCUCUGCCACGAGUCGUUCAGCGCUAACUCUUUACUGUUGCUUGAACUGAGGUUUACCCACCGACUUCAUGAGACUUACAUGAAUAAAAACAAUUGGAAAAUUACUAUUUUUUUCAAAUGACAAUUGUUAUAUUCCUGCUAUUUUAUUUAUAUUGCGAUUAGUUUGCCUUUUUUACGUGAAUUAUUUUUUUUAGGCUAAGGUUGUUUUCAAAGCUAGAAUAGAAUUAUUUAUUGAUCGAUGCUACUCAAUGGUGUUUUGGCGCGUGCCUUUGCUCGUUAGAAGUCCGACGAAGUCUUUUACUUUCUGUAGCGGUUGACUUGUCCCUCCUUCGUGUUACCGUUUUGGCUCCCGAGGAAUUGAGUAAUUUGUGAUGGAGACUCAGCAAUGAGUUGCUUAUGUUUUAUUGUGUGAUGAUGGAUUCAAAAAUGAUGCACUUGUGAUAAUUUCACUAUAAUGAAUUUGUUCUCCCAGUAAUUACUCAUAGUCACGGCUGCACGGUGUUUAUUUCCAAGCAAAGUUGCUGCUGAGGAAGACAUUUCAUACUCACGACUUCUAUGAUUUCGUGUUGAUGUUAGCCUAGCACACGUUAGUACGUUACUGGAGUCUAGUUUAUGACCAAGUCAACUGAUCAGACUCGGCAUAUAAGCAACUUUUAGCUUUGAUAUUGCUUUGCGUUUUUAUUACGUUCAGUUUAAUUAAGAUUUCAAAUUGUAUUUUAUCUCGACUGGUUCGCAGCUUGAAAGCUGUCGUAAUUAAAGAGCAAAUUUAAGGCACUUAACAGAUCGUCUGUUUUUUCAAAUGUAAGGGCUGUUUACUAGAAGAAAUGUAAUUUCUCCAACGAAUUUGUUAUUAAUUACGUUAUUUCGAAGUGAAUACAAGGUCAAUUUUUAAUUAAUAUUUACGUUACAGAAAUUGCAUUAUUGACGAUACUCAUAGGUAUAUGAAUAAUACUAUUGUUUCAUUUAAACAAGUUAACAUGAGUUGAAUAAAGCGUUUGUGCAGAUGUUAAAUGGCUUAAGGGCAUGGGCAGUCACUUCCCACCAUGCGGGGAGGGCUAAUAAGUACUGAUACCGGAAACAAAUUCUAUCACAUUAUCCAGUCGAAGCAAUGCCAACUCACAAUAAAUUAUGUCUAAAUUGAAUAUAACUGUUUUAGAGUUUACUUUUUUUAACUUAGAGUUGAACAAGACCAUAAAUCUCGAGCUAUUACUCAAUUUUUUUUUUGCUCAUGAAUUAACAAUGCUUGAAUUUGUAUUGUUCUUCAACAUCCAAAACAGUUUCUUAACGAGGAUCAAAAGUUCCUUUGAGGAUCAAAACAAUAUUUCCUUUCAAUUCAGCUUUGCGUCUUAGUCUCAAUUUUUCACAUCCUCUAAUUACAUGAUAGGAAACUGGGUGUUUAAUAGUCCAGUAUUGUGUACGUGAUUAUCAUUGUUUAGAGUAUUAUCGUUUCUAAUGUUUUCGUAGAUUUAUUCCAAUGUCGGUCUAUUCAUUCAUGUAGCUCAUUGUUUUGUUAAGUUACUCAGCAGAGUGCGUAGUGAAAACAUUCCUACUCUUAAGCCAAAGAAGUUAUGUGUUAAGCCAUGACAUAUCUUCAUUUAAGUCGGACGAGACUGUUCACCUUAACAGGCGAGCUUGCGUUUUCUGUGUUGUUUUUCGAUAGUAUUUCCUUCUGUUAUAUUUCUUGUUGUUAUACUACGCUAGUCAUCCAUUUAUCUUUCUGUUUUUCAAUGUUUUUUUUCGAUAGUUCAGCAAUUAUUCUCAUAAAUAUAAUUUUCGUUCCAUGAUAAUUUUGUGAUCACUGGCCAGCUACUGAGCUUGUGUGUACGCAACUUGAGAAGCGUUCAUCUUGCCUAACGUUGGCGCCAUAACUUCUUGAGACCGAAAUGCUCCUGUGCACCCGGAACUUCAUGCUCGUUUUUCUUAAAUGCAUCUCAAUGAUUAUUAAAUUAUUUUCCUGCCAUUUUUGCCCACAGAAAAAAGAUAGUCAAAAUUCACUAAGUUCUCAUGAGAUGAGAAUUGGUGUACAGUAAUCGUAAUCAUGCGCGAUGAGGAUAAUCAUUAUAAUCAAAUUCUCAUCUAGAUCUUGCACGAUGUCAGUUGGUCGUCUGAAGUUCAUCACUGUUAUAGUUUGAUCAAGAACGUCAGUAGCCAACACUCGUAGCUACGCGCCAAAGCCGUAGAAGUGGAAGCCAUGUGCCCUUUCAAGUCUUGCACGCUCUGCUGUUCCUGAUACGUAAUAUUGACCAUUUCCUUUUUUGUUUUAUUUGUAACUUUUAUGUGAAAGAUAAAUAAUUCUAAAUAGGCGUCCUAAAUUUGUAACGAUAUUAUUAUUUUCUGUGAUGUUACUUAGCAGCAAUGUCUGAAAUUUGGGAUUUGUUAUAUUAUUUACUUGGUUUCAAUUGAUGGCCGUAUUAAUGUUCUUACGUUUCUUGAGGUAGAAUAAGUAGUUUGGUUUGUUUUAUUUAUAGUGUGGGAUUUUUAUCGCGUUGAAUCAUCGCCUGUUUAGCUCAUAACCUGUGUGCUGGCAUAUUCUGAUUCUUUAAUCCUCAUUAUUUAUUAUUGUUAUUUAUUGUCUUUGUUGUUUCCUUCUCCAUUUAUGUGAUGUAACCUAAGUUCGAAGUCUGUACUCACCUUCA